AUGGCAUGGGUUUGCAACUCAGAACUCGGUGCACGCAGUACCGUUCAUGAUAUCGCGCAGGUCCAGGUCAUCCAGAGAUGGCCGAUCUGCUCAUACUUCGGCUGCGGCUCCAGCUCGAGUUCAACAGGGAAACUCGGGUCCGCAUUCAUAUUCGGCAAGAAAAGCUGGUCCAAGAAUCACCGCACCUAUUCUAAACCGCUGAAAAUCGAAGCAGGACAUUCCAGCGCUCAUCACAUUACAUCUUUCAAAGAGCCGCACGGCGUACAUAAUAGCAGCUAA